AUGCCGAACCAGAAGAGUAACAAGGGCAAGAAGAACAAGCGCGCUAACAGCAGCGGGGACGAGCAGGAAAAUGGAGCCCUGGCCGCGACGGGAGUUGCGGGCGCCGGAGGAGUCCUGGCCGCCGUGGCUGCGGCCGGAGCAAGCGGGCCCGUGGCGGCUGCAGGAGGUGGAGGAGGAGGCUGCGGGGGAGCGGCGGCAGCAGCGACGGGCUCGGCUUCGGGCGACUCCAAAAACGAAGCACCUUGUGCUACACCACUGUUGUGUAGUUUUGGACGGGCCGUUGACCUAGAAAAAGAUGACUACCAGAAAGUUGUUUGCAACAACGAGCAUUGUCCCUUCAGCACUUGGAUGCAUCUUCAGUGUUUUUACGAAUGGGAGAGCAGCAUUUUGGCUCAAUUUAAUUGCAUUGGGAGAGCAAGGAGUUGGAACGAGAAACAGUGUCGGCAAAAUAUGUGGACCAAGAAAGGAUAUGAUCUUGCCUUCCGUUUUUGUUCAUGUCGAUGUGGGCAAGGCCAUUUAAAAAAAGACACAGAUUGGUACCAAGUAAAACGAAUGCAAGACGAAAAGAAGAAAAAAUCUGUGCCUGAAAAAAGCAGUGGACGAUCAAUAUCGGAGUCUUCAGAAGAUCUUAAAAAGUGCAGGUCUGCUAAUAAACCACUGAAGGGUUUAAACCAUGAUCUCCAACGACGGCAUUCAAUGGACAGGCAAAACUCUCAAGAGAAAGGCACUACUAGCAGUAGUUAUGCAGUCCGUUCUCCCUGCGGUUCUCCUGGGCAAUCUCCCCCAGCAGGUUAUUCUGUUCUUGCCCCCACCCAUUUCAGUGGCCCCCGCUCUUCGCGAUACUUAGGAGAAUUUUUGAAGAAUGCCAUUCAUUUAGAACCUCAUAGAAAGAAUAUGGCCAAUAGUGGUAUGUUUAGGAAUGCUCACUUUGAUUAUGGGACAUCUGGAUUACAAGCACAUAGAUCGGGACAUUUUGAUGCUCCAGUACAAUUUUUGAGAAGGCUUGAUCUAUCUGAACUCCUUGCUCACAUACCUAGGCAUAAAUUGAACACUUUCCAUGUCCGUAUGGAGGAUGAUGCCCAAGUGGGUCAAGGAGAAGAUUUACGGAAAUUCAUUCUUGCAGCACUCAGUGCCAGUCACCGAAAUGUUGUCAACUGUGCGUUAUGCCAUAGAGCAUUGCCUGUAUUUGAACAGUUUCCACUGGUGGAUGGAACCUUGUUUCUUAGCCCAUCAAGACAUGAUGAAAUUGAGUAUGAUGUUCCCUGUCACCUUCAAGGAAGGCUUAUGCACCUAUAUGCUGUUUGUGUAGACUGUUUAGAAGGGGUUCAUAAAAUUAUCUGCAUAAAGUGCAAAUCUCGAUGGGAUGGAAGCUGGCAUCAGCUGGGAACCAUGUAUACUUACGACAUUCUAGCAGCCUCUCCUUGUUGUCAGGCUCGGCUGAACUGUAAACACUGUGGGAAACCUGUUAUAGAUGUACGUAUUGGGAUGCAGUAUUUCUCAGAAUACAGCAACGUUCAGCAGUGUCCACACUGUGGAAACUUGGACUAUCAUUUUGUGAAGCCAUUUUCUUCAUUUAAAGUUCUGGAGGCUUAUUGACAAAAGCUUUGCCAUAGUAAUAGCUAUUUUAUGAGUAUUGUUCCAUUUAUUUUA